AUGCUGUCAAAGAAGGAGGAGGAGCCGCCUCCGACGCCGACCCCAAAUCAAUGGAGCCUGUUAAUGUCGCUUCCGAAUGAUUUGCUGUUAAACUGCGUGGCACGCUUGUCAAGGUUGUACUAUCCGACUCUCUCCCUGGUGUGCAAGAGCUUUGGAGCUCUCCUGGCUUCACCGGAGCUUUACAAAACCCGGUCGCUCUUGGGCCAGACGGAGAUAUGUCUCUAUGUGUGCAUACGGUGCGGUAGUGGCAGGCGCUGGUACACCCUCUGCCGGAAACCUGAUAAAACCCUCGAUGACACCGAGUCAAAGUCAAGUGGCUAUGUAUUGGCUAGAGUCCCAGUUCCCGAUGUUACUGGUCCUGGUCCUAACUUUGGAGGUCUCGUGGCGGUUGGUUCUGAUAUCUACCAAAUUGACAAGUUUGUAUCCUCAGUUGUGGAUUGCCGGUCUCACACGAGGUGCGAGGCUCCAAGGUUCCCGGUGAAGCUAUGGGCAUCUUCUGCUUGCGUCGUCGAUGAGAAGAUAUAUGUAGCAGGACGCUACCGAGAUGGCGACGGCGAUGGCGAUGGCGCUUCCCUUGUCAACUUGUUCAAGGUGUUGGACCCCAAAACACAAAUUUGGGACUCUCUGCCCCCAAACCCUAGCACCGGUAAUUACAACGUCUACGGAACAGCAUGUAUUGACGGAAAGUUGCAGGUGGUGACUAGCUCGCAAGUGGACCUUUCUUACGAUUCCAAGGAAGGUAGAUGGGACCUGCUAAAAUCAGUGACGGAGAAAUAUUGUCUAGCACGUAAUUCCUAUUGCGUGGUAGAGAAUGUUUUGUACUCUGCUUCUUCCCAUGGAAACUUGAGAUGGUAUGACUAUGAGGUACACGAGUGGAAAAACUUGAACGGUUUGGAUGGACUACCAAAGUUGGAUCCUUUUGAACGGAUUGGAUUGGCUGGUUAUGGUGUUGGAAAGAUGAUGGUUUUUUGGAAGCAGGAUAUCCCUUCUGGAUUGUUUGGUUGUGUCCACUAUUAUACCAAGAUUUGGUGCGCCGUGAUUUCCCUUGAACGACGCAGCGAAAGCAUUUGGGGGCAAGUUGAGUGGUCUGACCAUGUGCUCACAUCCGGUAUGAAUUUUGAUAUCAUCAAGGUUCUUGCUGUUACUCUCUGA